CCCGCCUGUCCCUCCGGUCCCGGAGCAGCUGCUUCCGGGCUCCGCGGCUCCGGUGGCUCCGCGAGGCCGCGGCUGCGGCGCUGGGCCCAAGAGGGCCCCCCCCCCCACGGUGUCUGGACUCCUGGGUUCCCAGGUAGGCCCGCGCUUUGCCUCGCGACUGGGUUCUCCGAGGAUUUUGUCCUGACCUUGCAGAGGCCGCGUCUCUGCUGCGUGCUCGCAGGACAGUCGAGCUACUUCGUAGGAUUCAUAGCCCCCUACAUCAAGGGACUGGGACUGACGCCGUUGGCGGGAGUCUUCUGUAUACCUCCAUCCCACCUCCCAACGAAGAGACUUGCUACUCCUCGAGCUCCCUUAGGGCAGCAGUUUGAGGUCUUCAGAUCCAGGGGGACCUAGGACCUCGGGGCCACCCACUGCUGUUCCUUCUUGGAUGGAGCACUGCCUCCCCAGAUUCUGGGGCACCUCGGGGAGUGGCCUGAGUGAAACUGACACUGCAGGGGUGACCAGGCCUUGUCAUAGCCCUAGACGCCUGGAAUCUUGUGUGGGGUGUGGGAGCCAAUACUUGGGGAUGUUUCUCUUUGCUGAAGAACCGUAAGAAAGGAAAUCAGCCGCUGGCCACCUUUGAGGCUGCAUGGCCAUUCAGGGUAGUGAGAAGCCACUUCUGACUUCACAGGAGGACGCAGUUUCCCAGCAAACACUUGUUCUGAGCUUGAACAGACUGGCUGCCUAGAGGACCCUGAGAUUCUAAGUAGUGGCAAGACUUGCCCCAGGAUUUGGAGGCUCCUAACACCGCAGCCAUGUUCCUGCGUCGACUUGGCGGUUGGCUGCCUCGUCCCUGGGGCCGUCGGAAACCAACAAAGCCUGACUCCACGGUGCCAGAACCCAGGUGGGUGGACAGCUCUUCUGAGAACUCGGGCAGUGAUUGGGACAGUGCUCCAGAAACCUUGGGAGAUGGGGGGCCUCCCAAGGCCAAGGCCCCAGGGACGCUGCGGAGCUCUGAAGCAACACCAGAACCAAGCAGGGAGCCCCACGCGGAACACCUGGGGAGCAGAGGAAUGGAGUCCCUCAAGUGGAACAGGGGUGUCUCCAGCACACAAGAGUCAGAGCGGCGAGAAGCUGGAGGGACUUUGGGAAUAGAGCCUGUGGACACGGGAAGCAACAGGAGACCUGGGGUGUCCCCUGAAGAGGGACUGAGUAUUGCUGGGCCUGAAGCUGCAGUGGAGAGACCCAGCCGGCACCAGAAGCUGCUGGGUUGGCUGCAGGGGGAGCCAGGGAGUCCCCCACGGUACCUGGGAGGCCCGGAAGAGUGUCUGCAGAUCUCCACCAACCUGACCCUGCACCUAUUGGAGCUGCUGGCCUCAGCCCUGCUGGCAGUGUGCUCCCGGCCUUUACGGGCGGCCCUGGAUGCGCUGGGCCUACGUGGACCACUGGGCCUCUGGCUCCAUGGGCUGUUGUCAUUCCUGGCUGCCCUGCAUGGGCUGCAUGCUGUGCUGAGCCUCCUCACCGCCCAUCCCCUGCACUUUGCCUGUCUCUUUGGCCUCUUACAGGCCCUGGUGCUGGCUGUCAGCCUCCGGGAGCCCCGUGGAGAUGAGGAGGCUACUGACUUGGAGGAUGAGGGGUCAGAGAGGAAGGAUGAAGAGCAAAAGGGAGACACAGGCAAGAGGCUGUGACUGUGGGCCGGGGCAAAGGAUAAACACAGAGUACCAUUUAGUAGGUAUGCGUGUGUAUGUGGGUGGAGGAUUGCAAGGACAGGGACCUCAGGAAUGGGGAGGAGACCAUAGAGCAUGUGGGCUCAGGGCCCCUCGUCACAUGCACAGGAGAGAACAGAUCUAUUUGGUGUCUGUGUUUAUGGGUAGUGGGGCCAUCACCCUUGGAGUCACCAGCUGUCGUUAUUUUUUUGCUUUUACAUUUCUCCCACUUUGUUGCUUUUUGCUUUUGUGGUUGUUUUUCACCUCCACUUUUUAAAAUCCAAAAAAAAAAAAAAGUGUCAUGCGUGAAGAAUAAAGACCAAAUGGUCCUUUCUACUUUUUAACUCCCUAGUGGAGGAGGCCAGAGGCAGAACAGAAUUCUACAAAAAGAGCCUGGGCUUGGGUCUUAGGAUCUGAGCCAGCUAGGGAAAAGUGGGGCUGCUGAGCCUGAGGGCUGAAGGGGACAAGACCCCCUAGGUGACAGGAUCUGGUAUUCACGGAGCCACAGGGAGUAGGGAUAGGGGAAGCGGUAUUGACCAGAGGGAGAGCUCACAGACACACUGGGGAAAGCGCAGGUGUUUGUCAUCACCACUUAGCAAUAAAUGACUGUGUCACACUAAAUCCUAAAUACACCACUACAAAAUAAGUUACCCCCAAUCACGUGUCCUUUCUGAUGCCGUCCAACUGCGGGGAUAGGUGGCGGAGGGGCUGGCUGAAAU